CCGACUUCUACAAGUAGAAGCGAAGCAAUCAUAGCCGGUACCAGCUCCUCGAUCAUUAUAAAAAAGGAUGACAAUGCAAGAUCUUCAGUCAGACGUAGCGAGGUUCUCUCUACACCAGUGAUAUCAUUCUGUGGGCGCUGUCAAUCAACCAUGACAGUAUUAAACACAAGUCCGGCAUUGAAGGGCCGCUUGACUGGUCUAGCCCAUGCGCUGUUUGUCUGUUUCACACUUAUUCGGCUAAUAGGCCUCCUUUACAUCAUCGUGGGAACUGUGCUGAUUGUCAAGGAUGGGGUAUUACAACAUGCAACGUUCCCCCUUCUCAAUCAAUUUGUGGUGCACGGCAUGCCUCUCGGGAACCUUUCUUCAGGCCUGGUCUACGGGCUGUUCUUCAUGCUUAUUCUCCACACGAAUUUUGGGUGUCUGGGACUGCUGGGGGUCGUCUGUCACAAGAAACUUCUCGUCAUUAUUUACAACGCUUUCCUAAUGUUUGGCAUUGUCACGGACGCAAUCUUCAUUCUGCUGUUUUCGUUGAUAAUAGACGGGAUAAACUCGUGGAUAAAGGAUCGAUUUCUUGCCUAUUACGACGAUUUUAGCGCUUCUCGAUUGAACACAGAGGUUGAACAGGCAUUCCGUGAGUUGUUUGAUGCUAUGGACUGUAACGGGGCGGUAGGAUCGGAUGGCGGAGCGGGUUGCUGGGACAAAUACUACCCUGUCAUGAACGGUAUCCUCCGUGUGUUCAUAAUGCUGCUAUCAUUCAGUAUAGUAUUACAGGUAACCACCAUGGUCCUAUUGGAGAUCAUCUAUCGCCGUCUAGGACAACCAAAACACAAACGAUCUCCCGGAAUGUAUGUCCAGUUCUUCCGAUUCGUCCGGACUUCCUGCCAGACGAGUAAAACGAAGUGUGUUUUUGCUGUGAUACAAUUUGCUGACGUGGUGAGUUAUAAAAUUUGCAGAUGUG